ACGAAGGCGGCUGAGAGGACGGUUAGGGGAGGUGACCUCGCUCGCGGCAGGUGAGCGGUGGCGGCUGACGUGGGGGAACAGGGCGGCUUCCCCACCACGCUCUGGUCUCUGGCUUUGGCUCGGCGGCCGAACUGCGGGCCUCGCUCCCAGGGGCGUCGGACCUGACGGCGUUCUCCCGAGCUCCCCGAAUCGUCGCCACUCCGUGGGCGCUCUGAACCGUCUUUAGGAUCCCUGGUCCCACAGGGCCCAUUUCCAGCCCCUCGCGUGCCCGAAUCCCGACACUGGUCAGGGACACAGGCAUCCUCCCAUUUUCUGGGCGGUUUCCCAGCAAACUCCUAUUUAGAGGGCAGAGCUGUUGGAAUUGUUUUCACAUGAAGUGUCUCCUUCCUUCAGUAACUGUGUGAAAAGCCACGUGUUCCCCUUGCAGCGCAGUGUCUGGAACUUCACUGGAUUCAGUUUCUUUUUCUGGAGGCUUCAAAUGCAUCUGUCGGAGUAAUAGCCGGCUAUCGUGUGGGUACCACAGUAUGGGGAGGGGAGUAGACCUCGGUGAUACUUUCCAGCCUCAGACUGUAACAGCCAUUGUGAAAACCUUUCUCCCUUACUCGGGUACGGUAAUAAAUCAUCAUUAGUCAAGAAGAUGUCUUCGGCACCUGAGUCUCCUGGCUUUAAAAAGGAACCACCCAAAGAGAAAGACUUCCGAAACCCAGGACUCAGAGGGGCCCGCACAACAACCUUAUUUCGAGCUGUGAAUCCAGAGCUCUUCAUAAAACCUAACAAACCUGUAAUGGCUUUUGGAUUGAUAACCCUUUCGCUUUGCGUGGCUUAUAUUGGUUAUCUACACGCGACACAAGAGAACACAAAAGACCUAUACGAAGCUAUUGACAGUGAGGGACAUAGUUACAUGAGGAGGAGGACAUCUAAAUGGGAUUAAUAGUGCUGGAUACCACAGAUGGAGCUUUGUAAAGGGCUCUGAAAUCUUCGAAGGAAAGACUAUCAGUGCAUAGUAUCAGCUUCUUGUUCUGGAACGUGUUGAUGAGGAAAGAAGGUAGCAGUUGCAGCCAGGCCUUGAGGCUGCAGUCCUUUACCUCAUUCUUCUCCACAGCAGGAGCUUCUCAAUAUUGUUCUUUUAUUAAGUCCUUGUAUCAAAGUGCUAGGAGAAUGGAUAUCAUUUUAAUUAUUAAGUUCUAUAUAAUAAAAGUACCCAGUGCUGUUAAAUUUGCAGGGUGUUUUUAAUAUUUUAGGGUGAAUUGUGCAUUUGCAACUGUUGUGAGGGUUUUGUUUUGUUUUGCUAUUUGCAAAGGCAAUGUUCGUUUUCUUCCUGGCAUAGAACCUGUAUUUAUGGGGAAAAAAAAGAAAGAAAAAAUUGUUAAUUAUUAUAAAACCUGCAGUCAACAUUCAAGACAGAUAAUUUUUACAGAAUCACAUAUGGCUCACAUAUUUUGGCACUCCAUUUCAGCUAUUUUCGGUCCAGAAUUUUAUUUCCUUUGAAAAGGUAGUCCCACUCAACUACUAACAUGAACAAAUGAGAGAAUAACCCAAUGCAAUUGGAGUUUUUCUUUGAAAAAGAAAGUAUAUUAUAUUGAGGUAUGAUGUUUUUAUUUGAUUACAGCCAAAUGUUAUCUAUUUUAGUUUUUGUAAAUUAAUAUAAACAUAAAACCAAAUUUUCUUAUGGUUAUUUUAAAACUAGAACUAUUCAACACAUAAGAAAAGAAGGUCUUCUUACUCUCCUGGGUUUACCUUGUAUAAUUUAGAUUUUUCUGACGAGGGUUCUGGACAUGUUUCAUUUGUAGAUUUUUACCCUAUUUUUCAAAUCCCUGUAAUUGGGGCUCAGUAAUAAAUCUCACCUAUGAAAGUAACAAUAACGACAUUCGCAGAGUUUAUCAUAAUAGUAUGAGCUUUUAAUUUCCAGUACUUUAUUGUGGUUUUGUAAGAUGUGAAAAUGCAAUUAUGUCUUGUUUGUGGAUAUUAAAGAGCUUAACUAAUUGAUUUCUCUAUAUGCAACUAAAUCAAAUCUUUAUUCCUGAGCCCUAAAUAUUUCUUUGCUACGUCUCUCUAUAUAGUACACUUCAUCAGUUUAAAAUGCACUUAAAUGGUAUAAAAUGCCUUUUAAUUUAAAGUAUUAUCUUUUGCUUUGGGUUUCCCAGGGUACUUUGGCUGUUAAACUAGAAUUGUUUUAUUUUCAACUUACGCAUUUAAUGUCACACUGUCAUCUUUUAGAAUUAGUCUAUUAUUCAACAAAAUAAGUUGAUAUUUGGGGUGGGGAGAUAGUAGUUCGGUGAACUAUCCAGAGACCAUCGAAGCACAGAAGGGCAAUGGGAAAUGCACAAAGCAGCCUUAAGUCAUGUGACAUCUGUAUUCACAUGUGUCAUUUCUGCUAUAUACACUCAGAUCAGCUCUUCCAAUCAAAGUUGUUUGUCUUUCAGGGGUGUCUAUUUGGCAUGAGAAGAAUAUGGGUUGAAACCUAGCUUCUCCACUGACCAGUUGUGUGCCUUAGACAGUACACUUAGCCUUUCAGUCUGUUUCCUUAUAGGAAUGUUAUGGAUCCGACAUUAAUAGGAUUGUGUUGUUGCUUUUGGUUAUUGGAAAAUAACCGUAAGAAAAUUUGAUUUUGUGUUUAUAAUAUCAUUGUAACAUUAAUUUACAAAAACUAAAAUAGAUAACAUUUGUUGUAAUCAAAAACAUCAUACCUCAGUAUAAUAUACCUUUGUUUUUUCCAAAGAAAAACUCGAGUUGCGUUGGGUUAUUCUCUCAUAGAUAAUCCCUAUCUUGCAGGUUGGUUAUGAGGCUAUAAUGAAAUAUUUGUUGACACCUGUGCAGUAGAUUCAGUAAGGUGCACAGCUGUGAAAAAUAAUGGGAGGGAACAAUCACGUUGAAUUUUAGGAUCAAGUAACCUAACUAUGAUACUUUUUACAGGGUGGUUACAAGUGACAGCACAGGCUUUGUGUGCAGAGUGUGAAAGGCUGCCUGGCUGUGUGUUGAUGUUCUCAUUCAUUCUCUAAGGGAAAAUGCCACUUUGACAAAGUCUGAGAAGGGAAUGGUCUGGGCAUGAGAUGUAUAGCAUUUUGGAGUCAGGGUUCAAGUGGUUAAAGGAAGGUCUUUCAGUGUGGGAAUCUGGUUGAGAUUAGGCAAACUCAGUUAGGCCUUGAAGCAAGUCUCGGUAAGUAAACCAUUAAUAAGCAGUAGGUGACCUUUUUUGCCCAGGGAAGUAAUCUGUUCUGAUAGAAGAGCUGUUCGCCCAGAGGAACAAGCUGGUCCGUUGAUACAUUGAUUUUCAAGAAUUUCCUGAAUAAACAGUGAAGUUAUUUAUUGAUUUGUAGCCUUAUCCUCCAUAGGGUGACCAAUCUUUCCUACUUUUUCAGGCGUGGAGGUGGUUCUUGGGAUGCAGGAAUUUCCAUUUUUAAAUAAGGACAAUAAAUUACUUAACUAUGUGUUUUAAAAAACCAGGCUUUAAAAAAAUCUGACUGAAGGAGUGCUGACUAAAGGAAAGUAAUUUUUCCUUUAAGAUAACUGUGAUGUUUCCCAGUUUUAUUGCCAUGACACCAAAACAUCACAUUUGUAGAUAACCUGAGAAAAGAUUAAGUUCUCUCCUUUGCUGGCCUGAAAGAGAUCAGUUGUUGAAAUAAACCAUUUAAAAGAAAGUGUGGGAAGGAAGGAAGGAAGGAAGGAAGGAAGGAAGGAAGGAAGGAAGGAAGGAAAGAAGGGAAGGAGGGAGAGAAGGAAAGGAAGGGAAAGGAAGGGGAGAGGAAGAAGGAGGAAGGGAAGGAAGGGGAGAAAAGAAAAGAACAGAGACAAGAAAGUGGCUGAAUAAUGAUUCCCCUGCUCCCCCCCCAAAAGAUGUUCAGAUCCUAAUUCCUAGAACCUGUGAAUAUGUUACCUUAUAUGGCAGAAGGGACUUUGCAGAUAUGAUCAAGUUAGGGAUUUUGAGAUGAGGAAAUUAUCCUUUACUAUCCAUAUGGGCUUGAUGAUACAGUCACAGAGAUCCUUGUAAGAAGGAGGCUGAGGAUCAGAGGAAGGAGCAAUGUCACCAUGCACACGGGCUAGAAAAGACUACGUGAUGUGAGACUAUGAGCCAAGGAAUUUGGUGGCCUCUAGAAGGUGAGAAAGGCAAGGAAAGACUCUCCCCUAAAUCCUCCAGAAGGAACCAGCCCUGAUAACAACUUAAUUUCAGCCUUGUAAGACUCACUUUGGAUUUCUGACCUCCAGAACUGCAAGAAAAUAAAUCUGUGUUGUUUUAAAUCA